AUGCAUAUGCCUCGUCUAGAUUCACCUGGUGGUCAAGAGCGACGCUCGCACAUACCUAUCUGGGAGCCUCUGUACAUGGAAGAUACUCCAUAUCAAAAAGAACAGGGCGGUAGACGUCAGAGUAGUAUGUCGUUGGAAACCAAUAGCUUGAAAGUAGAAUUGAAGAAUCCCUUUGCCGCAGCGGAUGGAGAUGAUGGUAUAGAUCAUGGUUGUUGUGCUUGGAAGUUGUGUUUGACGUUUAUGACUGCCAACUGGAUGUCUCGUGCAAUGUGA